AUGGAGGGCUGGCUCAUGAAGCGGAGCCAGCAGCUCCUUCAGUGGCGCUGGCGCUAUGUCAAGCUUACCUCCGACAAGCGUCUUGUGACGUUCACGUCGGAACAGGCUGACGUGCUCACCAACGACGUAGACGUCGGUGGUUCAACUGCUGAGGCCACCGACUUCUUCCUUGCUGCCCCGGUGGACUUCGGUUUCCUGGUAGCGUGCCGUGAGAAAACGCUUCGGUUUGCAGCCGAGACAGCUGCGACACGCGAGGAGUGGCUCGAGAAAAUCGCGAGCAUCGCUGAUCGGCGAAGUUUGGAUCCGGCAAAGGAGGCUGACAGCCCGGCCUUUGCCCGAACCGACUCACCGAGCUCUUCGCUAUUUUUGCAGCCAAUAGAGGAGUUUGUUGGUGAGGAGAGCCCUAAGAACAACAGUCCGGACAAUGGAAAGGGCUCCAAAGGCCCCGGCCGCGCGAGCAAAGGCCCUGGCAAAGGCGGCGCCAAAGGCGCCAAGGGCCCUGGCAAAGCUCCGCCAAAAGGCCAAGGCAAAGGGCCUCCGGUCCCAGGAAAGGGCGUCCCUCGCCUGCGGACCAUGCCGAAGGCUUCGAGUCUUCCUCUGGGCCGCCGCCUCUCUGUCCGCACGCUCAAUGCUGACCAGGUUGCAGCUUUCGCCCCAGAGCGACGCUCAGCGGCGGGCGGACCAACCGGGCCGGGCUCGAGUUCCGAUGAGGAGCCCAGCCCGUUGAACCCUGCGGCGGUGGACCUGGAGGCCCUACGAAGCGCUUUUGCUGCGCAGGCAAAGGCACCGGCCUCCGCGAGGUCCUCGCGCCGCUCGCCCCGCGGUGUCGAGCUCCUCCCGCGAUCCAACGCCCAGAACGUGGCGAUAGUGCUGCGGAAGCUGCGUCUUGACACUGCAGCAUUGGCGGCCUCUCUGGAUCAACUCCAGCCCGGCGAUUGCGCCCUGAGUGCCGAGGAGUGCGAGCGCUUCACGCAGGUUCUGCCUCCUGUGGAACUGCUCCGACCUCUGGCGGACUACGAGGGCGACAUCUCCGGGCUUCGCGACGUGGAGCGCGAGAUUCUGCCGCUGGCUCGGCUGACGCGGCUACGGGAGCGAUUGCGAUUGCUCUCGCUCUUCAAGACCUUGGACGAGCGCUUGGGAGAUGGGAUGCAGCAGAUGUGCGCGGUGCAGACGGCCUGUGGAGAAGUGCGCAAGUCCACAGUCCUCAGGAAUCUGUUGCAGAUCAUCGUGGUGCUCUUUAACUACGUGAACUACGGUCAGGCACCGUCUGAGAAUGGAACGCCCAACGACUUGCGGGCUCGAAACGUGGACGUGCAAAGCCUCACGCACCUCGUGGAGACGCAGUCGUUUGGUGGCCCUUUCCCGAAGUUUAACAUGCUGCACUUCUGUCUGCAGGAGCUCCUGAAGCAGUGCCCUGACCUUCAGACAGGAGCUCUGGAUGCGGAGUUGUCGGCUCUGCCCAGCGCGGCCUGUGUGAACCUGGCGCAGGUGAAGCUGGCUUUGGAACGACUGCAAGCAGACGUCCAGUUUGUUCAGACAGAGCUGUAUGGACACCAGGAGGAGUAUCGGAAGAAGGACUUGGAGUUUGAGGAGGAUCCAGAUCCUCCGGUGCAGGGCUGCCAGGGCCCCGUGAACUUCGACCUGGAAGAGAACGACACCGCCUCGGAGGAUGAAGUCACGCCCAAGAACGACGAGGAGGAGGGCCUGCCAAAGGUGGAGAGCCCGAAGCGUUCGGUCUUCGGCCGUCUCUUUUCGAUGGGCAUCGACACCUGGAGCUUCGCUGAAGAGUGGUGCCAAGGUUCUGCGAUGAUUGGCGUGCCGGACCACGAAGGCCUCCAAGCCAUGAUGGCUCCGGACGGUGAGGUUCCUCCACCUGGGGUGCUGCUGCGCUGGCGGCCCUCAGGCCGGUGGAAGGCCUACUUCUGCGAAGUUCGCGGGGCCUUGCUCGUGCUGUACAGGGUCAAGCGCAGCACAGCGGUGCUUCGAGGCACAUUCUACAUCGUGCUUCCUGGCGCAGAAGUUGCCCUGCUCCAGUCCCUCUACGCCUCGGAGCGCGCUCGUGAGAUCGCGAGGGAGCACCCUCACGGGAUCGAGUUGCGCCCUGCUGGCGGCCGCGAGGAGUUCUUCCUGGCCAAAAGCGCCAAGGAGGCCGGCCGCUGGCUUGAUUUCCUCACAGCCCAGACGGCGCGGGGAGAUGCAGGCCACGUUUCUCACUAUGUCGGAGGAUGGGGUUUGCUUAGCUCGUGCUGGCGACGCCUCUUUUGCGUUAUCGAGAGAGGCGGCAGCAGCGAGGAUUGCAAGGCCGAGGCCCCGGAUUCGAGCGAAAAGCCUCGACUUCUGGGCUUCUCCCGACUCCGAGACUACGCAGAAGGUCUUGCACCAGAAGCUGCCUGGACUCUGGAGGACAUGCGAAUUCACUCCUUCGAUGCGGAGGGAAGUUCUGAAAUUGCCAAAGGACUUCUUCCAACUGCACCGGUCGGGUUUGAGCUGGAAUACCCGGCCACCCAGACCACUGUACAAAUGGCAUGCGACUCUGCCGAACACUUGGACACUUGGUUGGAGGCACUGCGAUGUGUCCAGACAGGUGGAACGAAUGCCCGACGAGGGGGCCAGGACACCUUGGUGGACGUAAGUUCCGGCUUGGAAAACGGUGUAGGCGUGGACCCAACGCGACUCUUCGACCUGUUCGCAGACGGGUCACCUACUGCAGAGUCGAAGUCGCUCUCUUUUUCCGUAGUCGAAGCGGAAGAUCCGGCGGCGAGCACGGAUCGGCUGCGGCGCCGGCUGAUGUUCAGCGUGGGGGCGGUUAGCUCGUCCGACCAAGAGGCCAAAGAGGCUGAGCCAGCAACGGUGGAAGUUAUUCAAAUCGACUCGGACUGUGAGGAGCAGGAGUACGAUGAGGUCUGUGGUAUGCCAUGGGUCGGCAGCUUCUGCCAGCUUUCAGGUGCUACCGAAGCCUUGGAUCCUCCAGACGCGCUCUCGCAGCUGAGACAUCUGGAGGUUGAGAUGACAGGGGUGGUCGAGAAGUGGUCGAGAACGCUGGCUGCGACUGAGGCAGACUGCCGUGGAUUACUCCGCUUCUUCGGUCUCGGUGUUCCCGAGGAGAGCCAGCUUGCAGAGGCUGCAGCGCAACUUCUCCGCGCUCUUUGCACCUUCAGGAGCCAAGUGGGCGACGCUUGGAGCGAGCUCGAGCAGCACGCAAUCGAAGAGGCAAGGAAGCGAGGUCCCAGAAAGUCUGCGAAGCCUGCACGCCUGCGAGCUCGCACUCAGACCACAGCCACGGAUACAUCCGAGGUUAACGUGACUAGGACACGGUCGGAAUCCAACGAGACGCUGGAUUCUGCUGCACGGUCCCGAACGAACUCGGCUGCAGAAGAUGAUGCGGCCGAGUCUUUCGUGAGUGUGCAUAGCACGGCUUCCUAA